AUUUUAGUCCUCGUGGAAUAAAUAUAGGAGAACCGGAAACUAUCUGUUUUCUGAAUUCAUAGAGCUCGUAGGGAAUAGAAUUAAUAUUAUUUAGUCACUCACCGUUUAGAAUAAAAUUAGAAAAAUGUCUGACGAAAAAAAGGAUACGAAGGCUGAAUCGGAGCACAUAAACCUGAAAGUACUGGGACAAGAUAGUGCAGUUGUGCAAUUUAAAAUCAAAAAACAUACACCGCUGCGUAAACUAAUGACCGCCUAUUGCGAUCGUGUGGGUCUAGCUAUAGCUGCGGUGAGAUUUAGAUUCGACGGUCAACCGAUCAACGAGUUCGACACACCGACGAGUUUGGAGAUGGAGGAAGCCGACACUAUAGAAGUUUACCAGCAGCAAACGGGAGGAUCGUAUUAGAUUUUUCCUUUACCACAUUAAGAUUGUUUACGAAUGGACUGAGUGAAUACCCAUUAUUAUAUUAUUAUAUAUUUCUUCUUUUUCGGCAAUGGUGGUUCCUCGAGAUAUCUAUCUAAAUACCUGAAAAUCGUCACCGAUUUGUCAACACCGAAAAUCGAAAAAAUAAUCAUGCGCGUCUGGUAGAUCCGUAUUUUAUCGAGUGCCACCUACGCUAAGUAACGAAUAUUGCAAGCGAAAGAAGACUAGACAGGAAAAAAGAAAAUCAGAAAUGAAAUGCAUUGGAGGAAAAUGAUGAAAAUAAAUAUAGUAAUAAUGUCUAAUGAAAAAGAGGUGUCGAGAAGGGUGAAAAAAAAAGAAAAUAAUAAUUUAGAUUCAUUAAACAAACAACGGAAUGAAACUAAAUGUUACACUUACUUUUGAGAAGUAUAUUUGAUCGUUACAUUUCUCGCAUUUUAAAUUGUUGCCAGUAAUGUAUCGAUUAAAUUUUCGAAACAAGUAUGUGAUUAAUUGCGUCUGGCCUUUUUUUUUCAUAAACCAAUGUGGUAAUAUUCUCAAACAGUUAGUUUUACGCCAGAUUAUUAUUGAUUUUGUUUUCAGUUUUUCAAUUUUUUUUCCUCUCUUAACAUUUAAAUUGUCAUUUUCGUGCACUCGGGUCCGUAAUUUAUUGCUGGACAAUUUGAAGGAAAACAAAAAAUUAUGGAAAAAAAAAAAAUAGCUUUUGAUUCAAACUACGACAACAAUGAUUAUUAUACGUCUUUUAUGGGGUAGUCUACAACUCUGUGUAACGAUAUGUAAAUUUUAUGAUGUAAUACAGUUCAUGUUUGACUUAAUAAAUUCCAAUUUUUUUACGUA